CCCAGAUACAGUGAAGAGUUACUUGGAGGAAGGCAGGCCAGGAGACGCCAAGAACGCGAGCGGCCAUGAGCACCAUGAAGUUUUGUCGCGAGUGUAAUAACAUUCUCUACCCUAAAGAAAGCAAGGAGCAGAAAAUCCUCCUCUAUGCCUGCCGUAACUGCGACCACCAGGAGGAAGCGGAUAAUAACUGUGUGUAUAGAAAUGAGAUUCAUCACUCAAUUGGUGAGCGCACACAAGUCCUACAAGAUGUAGCAGCUGAUCCGACUCUACCUCGUACUAAGUCUGUUCAUUGUGCGGUGUGCAAUCACCCUGAAGCUGUUUUUUUUCAGGCUACAGCGAGGGGAGAAGAAGGAAUGACAUUGUUCUUUGUUUGUUGCAACCCAACUUGUGGCCAUAGGUGGAGAGAUUGAUGUAGUGGAGGCUUCCAGCGUGCCCCUGACCCACUAGUAGAGCUUAACGUAGCAUUUUAUGCGAAAAUUUAUAGUUUGUUGCUGAAAUUAAUGUCAAAUUGCUAACCUGUUAUUGAUAGCAUUUCAUGGAGAACAUGAAAAAGGCAUUGGACUUCAUAUUUUUAUUUUAAGAAAUCUGUUCUAUGCUGCUAGCAUAAACUAAUUUGAAGAUCCAUAACGGCCUAAAUUUCCCCAAAAACAUGAAGUUGG